ACGCGAGAUCAGUCGCCCCUCGCCCGUUGAGUGCGCCGCACGCCUGUCAGAGUGGCUCGCGCGGACGACACAACCAUGUGGUGAAGUGAGACUGUCAAACGUGGGCGCUCCAGCUGUACAGUGUACACCGACAGACGAUCUCUUGUGUGCAGUGCAUGUGUUAACAAAGUGCCCCUCGUGUGGAACAUUGGAUUAUACGAACGACCGUAUAAUGGCCUUAGCUAGGCUCGGGUCGGGCAGCGAGUGCGGUGCGGGCGCGGGCGCGGCGUCGGGCGGCGCGGCUCCGCAGUCGGCGCGCGUGUCGUCCGUGGGCGCCGGCGGCAUGGCCGUGAGCCGCGUGCCCAGCCCGCUACACGACGGGAACACGCCCGUGGCCGAGAACUGGUGCUUCACGCAGGUUAAGGUGGUCAAGUUCAGUUACAUGUGGACGAUAAACAAUUUUAGUUUUUGUAGAGAAGAAAUGGGUGAAGUAUUAAAAUCAUCGACGUUCUCCGCCGGUGCUAGUGACAAAUUAAAAUGGUGUCUUCGCGUGAACCCAAAGGGGCUCGACGAAGAGAGCAAAGACUAUUUAUCGUUAUAUCUGUUGUUAGUGUCGUGUAAUAAGUCAGAAGUGCGUGCUAAGUUUAAGUUCUCAAUACUUAAUGCGAAACGGGAAGAGACGAAGGCGAUGGAGUCGCAGCGGGCAUAUAGAUUCGUGCAAGGGAAGGACUGGGGUUUCAAAAAAUUUAUAAGGAGGGACUUCCUAUUAGACGAAGCGAACGGCCUGCUUCCCGAAGACAAGCUGACGAUAUUCUGCGAAGUGUCAGUGGUGGCGGACAGCAUCAACAUCAGCGGCCAGAGCAACGUGGUGCAGUUCAAGGUGCCCGAGUGCCGGCUCUCGGAUGACCUGGGCGCCCUCUUCGACAGCGAACGGUUCUCUGACGUCACACUGGCCGUGGGAGGCCGGGAGUUCCAGGCACACAAGGCGAUCCUGGCUGCAAGAAGUCCUGUGUUUGCUGCGAUGUUUGAGCACGAGAUGGAAGAGAGAAAGAGAAAUAGAGUAGACAUAACGGACGUGGACCAUGAGGUGUUAAGAGAAAUGCUACGUUUUAUUUACACGGACAGAGCUCCUAAUCUAGACAAAAUGGCGGACGACUUGCUCGCGGCGGCAGAUAAAUACGCAUUAGACAGACUAAAAGUGAUGUGCGAAGAAGCUCUCUGCCUGAGUCUGUCUGUGGAGACCGCUGCCGACACCCUGAUCCUGGCCGACCUUCACUCCGCGGACCAGCUCAAGGCGCAGACCAUUGACUUCAUCAACACGAGUCACGCCACGGACGUGAUGGACACGACGGGCUGGAAGAACAUGAUCUCGUCCCACCCGCACCUUAUUGCCGAGGCUUUCCGCGCGCUGGCCACGCAGCAACAGCAGAUUCCGCCCAUCGGGCCGCCGCGCAAGCGAGUCAAGCAGGCCUAGGACACACGACACGCGUCACUCGACACGCGUCACUCGACACGUGUCACUCGACACUAGCCGCCGGCUGCAUGCUUCACCACCGUCUGCAAGUUCCCAGUAGGAAGAGCGGCUCGCACAGAGUCUAAAAUUGUUCCCAUUGUUACAAUAGACUAACCUAUAAAAACCUCUUUAUUUCUGUAGUAUUUACAAAAAUAACUUUGACAUGUGAUUUACACCCAUUUACUGUGACUAGAGCAGCAGAUAAAUUAGCUAGGAAGAAAUAUAUAUAGCCGCGAAAUUUAGGCGUGUAUCAAAACCACUUUAUUUCUGUAGUAUUUACAAGAAUAACUUUGACAUGUCAUUUAGACCGAUUUCCUGUGACCGUAGCACCAGAUGAAUUGGCAAUAAACUGGUAAUGGCUAUUAUUUCAAUGGUCUAAUAUUUUACGGUAUAUUAACUUAAAUGGGUGUGAUACUUGUUAAGUUAAUAUGAGAGUCUGGGUCGCUCUAUAGCUUCUAACGCUGUAUUUGUAAUAGAACUUAAUUUUUCUGUGUGAUAUAAUUGUAUAAUAUAGUCUAAUGUUGCAAUGAAAUCGUCUGAAUAUCAGAUUAGUCGAGACCUUUCUUGUUCAUUUCAAAUACACUGUGAUAGUCAUUAUUGCUCCGUUGCUAUGUGUAAGUAGAACAUGUCAUGUAAUAUAUCAAAGACGGGGUGCGGUCCUAUAUCCGGGUUCGAAUACCCUAUUGGCCGGUGCCGGUGUUUGUUUCAAGUGUGCCCUGUGAUGUGAAUCAGCUGAUUUGUGUUCACUUUAUUGAUCUCAGACAAUAUUUGAUCCUUUAAGUUAAGCGGUCGUUAAGUGCACAGUUUGUGUGUAUGCUGGACGCCUUUUGUGGCGUUGUUUGUGCGGUUUUGGCUUGGUUUAUAUUUACUAUGUCCAUGUAUGGAUAUAUACUAAACUAUUAUGCCCAACCAGAUAAAACUGACGGUAUAUAUCUUCACAUAUUAUCCUCCCAAAACAAAAACAACAUGAUUACAUUUAUAAGUAAUAAUCCAUUAGAUCUUUUAGUUAAAAAAGAACUUAAAUAAUGAACGAAAUAUAUGAUUGAAUUAAUUUGUAAUUUAUUAAUUUUUUUAUGUGAUUCAUUAAAAUAUUAUCAGUUUUAUUUUACUGCACUUCUUCUCAAUGUAAAUUUUCAUGAUGCCAAACCUUACACAUAACAUUGUAGAAAGGGGUCAUAAGUUUUUAUAAUAUAUAUAAAUACAUAUUAUAGACAUAUCUUUAACAUUGUCAUGAAAUGUUUGUAACACAUUUUUAAAGAUGUAAUUCUCGUGAUGUGUUUUGGGUGUAAAUUAAAUAAUAUAAUGUGUGAAACAUUAACUUAGUAUACUAGCGUAAUAGAGACUCUCCUCAUUGUCGCGAGACUAAAUUUAAAAUGUUCAUGUGUGCUAGUUUAACAUGUGUUGGUGAGUUAGUGAAGUAUGUAGUAUUUUGCUAUUAGACAAUCCCUAUGACAAAGAUUGAUAAACGGCGUCAUAUUCACGUAUGCAAUACAUAUUUUUUUAUAUUUAUAUAAUCUCUUGAAAAUAGAUUGUUUACUGCGUAUUUAAAGUAAUUACAAGUAUUUUAGUGAAUAUAUCCUACCAAAAUAAACACAACGAAAGUAGUAUUGAAGAAUCAGUAUUUACCUGUGAAUUUUUUCUUUAUUUGGAUUGUUGCUGUAAAUAACAACAC